AUGGUUGAACCUGUAGGCAACCAUUAUAUCGUAGCCAGACCAGUGUACUCGGAGAACUCGUUUGAUGAAGAGCAUGAGAAAUUGCACAGAUACCAUAAAAACUUUUGGGAUAACCUGAAACUGUAUUUUCGUUGCUCCCGGCAAAAGGCCAAAAAAAUUGCCUUGGGUUUGUUUCCCAUUGUCUCGUGGCUGCCAGCGUACCGCUUUAGGGAGUGGAUCCUCAGCGAUAUCAUCUCCGGCAUCAACACGGGGCUGGUGUCCGUGCUGCAAGGUCUUGCGUUCGCCUUGCUGGUGAAUGUCCCCCCUGGUUAUGGACUCUACGCGGCAUUCUUCCCAGCCCUGGUCUAUUUUAUCUUUGGCACAUCCCGGCACAUCUCAGUGGGUCCCUUCCCCGUCCUGAGCCUGAUGGUGGGAGGAGUUGUCGUCAGGCUGGUCCCCGAUAGCAGUACUGGAAAUGGCACUUCCACCAACAUGUCAAUUAUAAAUGAAGAGCGGGUGAUGGUAGCUGCAUCUGUAACCUUCCUUUCUGGGAUCUUUCAGUUGCUUCUGGGAAUUCUGCAGUUUGGAUUCAUCGUCAUUUAUUUAUCACACUCAUUAAUCAGUGGUUUCACGACUGCUGCAGCCAUCCAUGUUGUGGUGUCCCAGCUGAAGUUCAUGCUUCAGCUGUCUGUCCCUGGAUUUAAUAAACCAUUUGGCAUCAUCUAUACUCUGGAGAGUGUGUUCAGCCAGAUCACAGACACAAACAUCGCCGACCUCGUCACCUCCCUUCUUGUCCUGCUGGUCGUGUUUGCGGUGAAAGAGUUGAAUGACCGCUACAAAGCGAAGUUACCAACUCCCAUCCCCAUUGAGCUGAUUGUGACAGUCUUAGCGGCACUGAUUUCCUAUUUUGUCAACUUUGAAGAAAGAUUUAAUGUAGCUGUUGUUGGAAAACUAGAAGAAGGAUUUCAAGCUCCUGUUGCACCUGAUGUAGGCAUCCUCCAGAAGUGUAUCGGUGACGGCAUUUCCAUUGCAAUCGUUGGGUUUGCAGUAGCCUUCUCCGUGGCUAAAGUGUAUUCCAUCAAGCACGACUACCCAAUAGAUGGCAACCAGGAACUAAUUGCUUUUGGGCUGGGUAAUAUAGUUGGCGGAUCAUUCAAAGGAUUUGCCUCCAGUACAGCUUUGUCAAGAUCGGGUGUGCAGGAGAGCACAGGAGGCAAAACACAGAUUGCUGGUAUUAUCUCAGCAUUCAUCGUCUUGAUUGUUAUCUUGGCCAUUGGAUUUCUCCUGGCACCAUUACAGAAGUCAGUCCUUGCAGCUUUGGCUCUGGGCAACUUGAAAGGAAUGCUCAUGCAGUUCAAGGAAGUGGGCGUCCUGUGGAGAAAGGACAAAUAUGACUGUGUGAUCUGGGUGGUGACUUUCUUAGCCGCCGUUUUCCUUGGCCUGGAUAUUGGGCUGGCAACUGCCGUAGCGUUCGAGCUGCUGACCGUGGUGAUCCGCUCCCAGAUCCCGAGCUGCACUGUUUUGGCCAACAUUGGAAGAAGUAACAUCUACAGGAACAGGAAGGAUUACACUGAUAUCUAUGAGCCAGAGGGAGUGAAGAUUUUCAGAUGCUCAUCUCCUAUCUUCUUUGCUAACAUUGAAUUCUUCAAAAAGAAACUCAUCACUGCUGUUGGCUUCAACCCACUUAGAGUCCUGAGGAAACGCAAUAAGGCUCUGCGGAAGAUCAGAAAGAUGCUGAAGAAAGGAGAGCUUCAAGUGACACCUAAAGGCUUGAUUUGCACGGCUAACCAAACGCACGAGUCCGAUGAAGAGUUAGACAACAACAGGAUAGAGGAGCUGGACCAGCCCACCAACAUGACAGACCUGCCCAUUCGGAUCAACUGGGGCUCCGACCUGCCCCCCGGCAUCACUGUGCCCCAGGUCAACAUCCACAGCAUUGUGCUGGAUUUCUCAGCAGUGUCCUUCCUUGAUUUUUCUGCCAUGAGAGUCCUCCAAAAGACUUUGAAAGAAUUUAUCCGGAUUGACAUCGACAUUUACAUUGCAGGGGCACAUGAGGGCUUCCUGGAGAAACUGGAGAGGUGCGCAUUUUUUGAUGAGGAGAUUAAGCCGUCCAUGUUUUUCCUCUCCAUUCAUGAUGCAGUUUUACACAUCUUGCUGAAGAAGGAUAUAGCCAGCUCCCCCAAAUUAAAGCUCACUGAGAAGGGUACCAACAAAGACUGUAUCAUCAAUACCAGCAAUGGGCUACGCAGCCGGGAGAACACGGUAAGCCUCCAGUAG